AUGGAAGUUUGGAAGGAUGAUGGAUGGAUGGGGAUGUCUCAGAUAUCGGCACGUCAAGCAAGUACUUUGCAAAUGAUAGGCAGAGAGAGAGAGAGAGAGCUUGUGGGAAAGAGGAGAAAGCUUGAAGAUAAGAAUGAUGAUGACAGUGUUGUACUUGCGCAAACCUUGCGGGCCAAGAGUCUUGUCGUGUCAGAACCGAAAGAUAGUGACACAACAGGUCGCGAGGCAUGCAUGCAUACAUACUUCGCCCGGGCUGUGCAAUCUGACUGGUUCUCAGUCGGCUCCUGUCUAGAUCCCGAUGGCGGUCCAGAAGGUACUCUCCACAGUAAUGGUGGUGGCAUUGAAUACGAAGAAUAG